GUAAAGCAGGCGGAGCAACUAUCUGGGCUGGAUCCGGAAGUCCGGGCGGAGCCUAGCUGCGUGGUUCUCGUUUGUCCGGCGACGUUGUGCUUCUAGCAGCUCUUGGAGGUCUCUGCCGGAAGUAUAGGAAGAAAUUGGGCAGACUUGAAUACCUCUCUUUUCAAGCUUGUCUGAUCAUCAUGAUGAAGCUUAGACACAAAAACAAAAAACCAGGUAAAGGUUCCAAAGGCUGUAAGAAGCCUACAAGGCAGAAUGGGAAGAAAGUAGCAUCCAGACCAUCGUCUGCUCCCCAGUUUGUUCACGGCAAUGAUCAUGCCAGUCGGGAGGCUGAAUUAAAGAAGAAAAGGGUUGAGGAGAUGAGGGAGAAGCAGCAGGUUGCCCGGGAGCAAGAGAGACAAAGACACAGGACCAUUGAGAGCUAUUGUCAGGAUGUCCUGAAACGCCAGGAGGAGUUUGAACACAAGGAGGAAGUUUUGCAGGAAUUGAAUAUGUUUCCUCAGUUGGAUGAUGAGGCCACACGGAAGGCCUAUUACAAGGAGUUCCGUAAGGUGGUAGAGUACUCUGAUGUGAUUCUAGAAGUCCUGGAUGCUAGAGACCCAUUGGGCUGCCGCUGUUUCCAGAUGGAGGAGACUGUCCUUCGGGCAGAAGGCAACAAGAAGCUGGUCUUGGUCUUGAAUAAGAUUGACCUGGUUCCCAAGGAGAUUGUGGAAAAGUGGCUAGAUUACCUUCGCAAUGAGCUGCCAACUGUGGCUUUCAAGGCCAGCACCCAGCAUCAGGUCAAAAACUUGACUCGGUGUAAAGUGUCGGUGGACCAGGCUUCUCAGACUCUGUUGCAAAAAAGCAAAGCUUGCUUUGGAGCUGAAAACCUCAUGAGGGUCCUGGGGAACUAUUGCCGCCUAGGGGAAGUGCGUACCCACAUUCGUGUGGGUGUUGUAGGCCUUCCCAAUGUGGGGAAGAGCAGUCUGAUCAACAGCCUGAAGCGCAGCCGUGCGUGUAGUGUGGGAGCUGUUCCUGGUAUCACAAAAUUCAUGCAGGAGGUUUACUUAGACAAGUUCAUCAGACUGCUGGAUGCUCCAGGCAUUGUCCCAGGACCCAAUUCAGAGGUGGGCACCAUCCUGCGUAAUUGCAUCCAUGUGCAGAAGCUGGCAGACCCUGUGACCCCGGUGGAGACCAUCCUUCAGCGCUGCAACCUGGAGGAGGUUUCCAACUAUUAUGGUGUCUCUGGAUUCCAGACUACCGAGGGCUUUUUGACUGCAGUGGCCCGCCGUUUGGGAAAGAAGAAGAAGGGAGGUGCAUAUAGUCGAGAGCAGGCUGCCAAAGCUGUCCUGGCUGACUGGGUGAGUGGGAAGAUCAGCUUCUAUAUACCACCACCACCUACUCACACUCUACCCACGCAUCUCAGUGCUGAGAUUGUUAAGGAGAUGACUGAGGUCUUUGAUAUUGAAGAUACUGAACAGGCCAACGAAGACACCAUGGAAUGCUUGGCCUUGGGAGAAUCUGAUGAGCUGUUGGAUGACAUGGACCCACAAGAAAUGGACGUCAAGUGGCUCCACUCUCCGCUGGUGAAAAUAGCAGAUGCCAUUGAAAAUAAAACCACCGUAUAUAAGAUUGGAAACCACACUGGGUAUUGUACCAAUCCAAACCGUCAACAGAUGGGUUGGGCUAAACGCAAUGUGGACCACCAUUGCCCCCAAAACAAUCGCAUAGUGGAUGCCAGUUCAGUGGACCGCCGCCCAAUGUUGCAGAGGAUCCUGGAGACAGACCCACUUCAACAAGGCCAGGCUUUGGCAUCUGCCUUUAAAAAUAAGAAAAAAUCACAGAAGCGUUCAGACAAACUCGCCAAUAAGCUGUCUGAUUCCAUGAUGUCUAUGCUUGACCUCUCUGGCAACUGCGACGACACUGCUGGUGACUGAUCAGCUGAUCUUCCCCUCAUACUGCAAACACUGAUUCCUAUGGGGAUGGGAUUCCUAAGGCAUUCGAUUCUCCCUGAUGUACCUACAUAGUAGAAGAACACCUCCCAUGCCAUGCCCUCCAUUGUCACUAGUUCAGAGUCUCAAAGGUCUGGAGCUGCCAAACCCCAGUGCCCUCCACUUAAUUCUUACUGUCUUUGAAAAUGACUUUUUGUUUGUUUUUGUGGUGCCAAGGAUUAAACCUAAUAGGUCCUCACACAUGUUAGACAAACAUUCUAUUACUAAGCUCUAUCAUCAUCACCAUCAUCAUCAUCACCAUCACCAUCAUCCAUUAUCAUUGGAGAAAGAUUCUUGCUAUGGAUCCCGUUCUGCUUACUCAGCCUCUGGAGUAGUGGGAUUACAGGCUUUUGCCAGCACUCCCAGCUCCCACUGUGAUUUACAAGAUAAAAUACCAGCAGUAUCUUGGCAUGGUAGCUACACAUCUAUAAUCCUGGCACUCGAGAGACUGGAGCUAGGAGGAUUGCAAGUUGUAGGACAGCCUGGACUGUCUGACAAGACCUUUCUCAGCAAAACAACCCAGAACAAGUGAGUAGAGCUGAGGCAGUGGUGGCACAUGCCAUUAAUCUAAGCUCGUAGGAAGCAGAGAUGGGCAAAUCUCUGAGUUCUAGGUCAACCUGGUCCAGGGCUACACAGUGAAACUCUGUCCUGACAAGCCAAUAAGUAAAUAAAUAAGAUUGUAAUUGUUAAAAAUACAAAUAAGCCAAGUCCAUGUGCUAGCAAUGUACCCUGUACUCUUAAUUCCUGUGUCCCACUCUGUGGUUUAGGCUAAUAAGGGUUGACCUCCUGGACAGGUGAAUGUUCUAAGGGAUACACUGCUGAGAAAUCUGGUGGCAGUGGUGGUGGGGUUGUCCCUGGACAGGUGAUCCUCUUUGUUUUUGUCACCCCACAAGACCUCAGUGCCUGGACAUUCCUAAGGCUCUUGGCUUUCCAAUUCAAUAGGUAGGCCUUCAUCUGGGUAUCGUAGGAGUAGAGAAGCACAGUGGUGAGUCCUCUAUAUUUCUGGAAGUGUCGGGAUAGGGAAGAGGGCUGAAGAUUCUAGAAUGGGGUAUAUGUAUCAUAGGACGUUUGAAAGUCAUUGGCUGCAGGAUGUUCAGACAGAUUUAGGUACUGACUGAGCACAAACUACAAAAUUCAGAAUCAGCUUAUGUCCUUCAGCCUUCAAUAUAUCCAUCCCUACCAGGAAGGGGUAGGGUUCAGAAAGUUGACAGAGUGUGCUCACAACAACAUGGUUUAAAACAAGUGUAAUUAAAAUCAUAUGCUAGCCUUUUGUUCUGUAAUGUAUCGUCUUCUCAACACAGGAGCACUGGUCAGGCACCUACCCUGUGGUGUUUUCUGUUGUCAAUCCUUCUAAAUGCAUCUUUAAAAACUGGCAGCAUUUUAUGAAAACUAUGCUUUUCAAGUCUCUUAAAUGAUGUUCAACUUAAUUCACUGAUGUCAUUGAAGUUUUGGUAGAUAAUAAUGUACUAGAAAUAAAAGCGUCUAGAUCCUUGGGAACACAAUCUAGCCAAAAUAGAAUAGAACUAAAAUAAUCAUGGAAUGAUAAGAAUUUCAGACUCCAACCAGGUUAGUGGCUCACACUCAGGAUGCCGAGGCAGGAGGAUGGCUGUGAAUCUGAGUCCAGCCUGGACUGCAGAGGAAGAGGCUGUCUCAAAGCAAAACAAUAAUAAUACUCUAACCCUAAUGUAUCUUAAGGGUGUGUGUGUAACCCAGGGUAGUCUUGAACUCCUGAGCCUUCUGAAUAGCUUCCCAAUGCUGGGAUUACAGAAGUUUGCCCUCAUGCCUGGCUGGGUCUUAAUUCUUAAAGCAAUUUCUUGGAUCUUUAUUCUUAAAAAGUAAUUUUUCUACAGUGAAUUUCAUCCUUUAUAAUUUUAAGUUCCGUAACUUCGGACACUUAUUAACAGGGGUGGUCUGCCACCAUUAUCAUGAUACAAAAUUUUUAGCCAGGUAGUGGUGGCACAUGCCUUUAAUCUCAGCACUCAGGAGGUAGAGGCAGGAGGAUCUCUGAGUUUGAGGCCAGCCUGGUCUACAGAGUGAGUUCCUAGACAGUCAGAACUGUUACACAGAGAAACCCUGUCUUGGAAAACAAACAAAACAAUAACAGCAAAAAAGUAUACAGAAUUUUUGUGAUAUUCUCCCCAAACUUACCAUAUCUCCUUGUAAUAUAGCCCUGUCCCUAUCCUCAGAUCCUAGCAAGCACUGAUCUUUUUCCUGUUCCUUAACAUGGACAUUUUAAGUCACAUAGUGGCUUGUUUUAUGCCAUUAGGCUUUUAGCUUUGUACUUUGAAAUUGUAUAUUCGAGUAAAAUAUAGUUGCAUAAUCCCUGGUAAAUGGAUAAAGAUGAGUAACCAUGAACACAAGAACAGAAAGAUUCUAUUAGUAUCCCCCACCAUCUCCUGCUGUGAUGUGCAAUCUAGUUCUCUGGACCUAACCCAUGGCAAUCACUGACCUAUGCUUACACUUUCUGCCUUGUCUCUUGAAAAGAGUUGUAAGUGGAAUUGAACAGUAUGUAACUUUUGAGAAUAGCCUGCUGUGAAUUAUAGAUUUGAGAUCAGUAUCACUGGGUAUAUCAAUAGUUCUGAUUUCUAUUUCAUACUCCAUUGUGUGGAUGUACUACUGCUUAUUCAAUCUCAAGUUGGAAGACAUUCUUUACAGUUGAGGAGAAAAUUAUGAAUAAAGCUGCUAUAAGAACUUGA